UCCAAGAUGGACGCUGUGACGUAUAGUCACGGAAAACGAAGAAUUUCAUUAGUGGACUGACAAGUUUAGCAGGUUCGUUUCGUGUUUGUUCAGGCUGCUUAGCUUGUUUUCAAGUCUCCACUCACCAGUUCAGUUGUAGCUAAGCGUGUAAAGCGGGUAUGAAGGGAGCAUCCACUUCGGUCGACUUUUACUAGCUAUGGUCGACACCUGUGCUUCAUUUUAUUGAAAUUUUGAAGUGCCGGGGAGUAUCUAGUUUGUUUAGAUAUAAUUCUGUAAUAUAAUCUUGGUUUGCCGGCGUCCUAUUCAUCACUGCAUGGUACCGGGACUGAGGUCAGUCAUAUUGUUUCGUAGAACAGKGCAUCCAAAAUCAUCAUGAAGGUUGCAAUUCUAGGCGCUGGAGGAGCCGGCAUUUCUUCUAUCAAGUGCUGUUUAGAUGAGGGUUUAGAGCCUGAGUGUUUUGAGCAAAACGAUGAUAUCGGAGGAAUGUGGUUGUACUCCGAGGAGACGAGCCAUAGCUCUAUAUAUCAAUCUACUAUUAUCAAUACAAGCAAGGAGAARAAUGCCUUCUCUGACUUUCCAAUGCCUAAAGACUUCCCUCCGUUUAUGACCCAUGAUUACGUGCUUGAAUACUUUCGCUUGUAUKCAAACCACUUUGAUUUAAUCAAGUAUAUAAGGUUUUCUUGUAAGAUCGUUGGUGUCCAUCGAGAAGAACGACGAUGGAAAGUGACAUACGAGAACACAGCCGAUGGAAACAGUCGUAUURAACAGAAACUUUUCGAUGCCGUCUUGGUCUGCACUGGACAUUUAACUGUUCCUCGAUGGGUGGACUUUCCAGGUUUGGACRUUUUUCAAGGUCAUGUGUUACACAGUCAUCACUACAAGACUUUCAAAGGUUUUGAAAACAAAGUUGUCCUCGUUGUAGGACUCGGGAACUCUGCAGGAGACAUAGCAUGCGAGCUAAGCAGACAUGCGCGAAAGACCUUCAUCAGUACGAGGCGAGGAGCCUGGGUUCGUUCUAGACUUGUCAGCGGUCUUCCUUUUGACUAUUACUACACAGCUUUCUUGACAAAUCAAUUAUUCCCUCUAAAGAAAACAAUGAACUCGAUCUGUACAAGUUUGUCUUCCCUCCAGACGAUAUUGACCAUACUUUAGCAUUCAUUGGUUAUGUGACAAUCAAUGGAUCGAUGAAUCCUACAUUUGAAAUUCAAGCGCGUUGGGUGACUCGUGUUCUUAAAGGUCUGGUGAAGUUACCUUCUCCAGAUGAAAUGUGGAAAGAUAUAUUGAGGAAAAGAAAGCGUAUAAAAGAAUCUUUGGAUAACACACCAAGGCAUGCACUGACGGAAGAUGGCCUUUUGUACCAGGACGAAAUAGCAUCACUCAUUGGCUGUAGACCCAAUCUAUGGCAUCUACUMGUCACUGAUCCUGUGUUKGCGUUGAAGUGUUACUUUGGACCUCAUCAUCCAKCCCAGUAUCGUAUYMAUGGUCCAGGGGCGUGCCCCCAAAGAGCGAAAACCAAUAUUAACAAUAUGUACAUUAAUGUUUUUCACCCCAUGCAAACACGCCAGAUUGAAUCAAAGCCAAAGAMUGGAUACUCAUCCUUUAUGAGGGUUGUUGUUAUUUUGGGGCUGUGUGGUGUUGUUGUUGGUGUUUCCAGAGUUGCCAACUGGAAUAAAAUCCUAAAAUGACUUGAAUUUAGUAAUUAGAUCCAGCUAGGAAAAUGACGAAAAGAAAAUUGAAAAACAUACCUAUUAAAGCUAGCGUUUUUAUACCAAUACCAAUUCCCUGAAGGACAGCUAAAUUCAAGAAGAAGAAAACAUGAUAUAAUAGGUUUAUUUACACGUAAGUUUCUAAAACUAUAAAAAUGUAGUUAUUGGAUUGUAUACGAGAAUAUAUGUUAUGACUGUAGUAUCCAACAUUUUGAUUGAAAUAAAAGGUUAUUUGUAUGYCAUU